UUAAACGUCAUAUCUUUCAAAAUUUUGUUUGUCAAGUAGUCCAAUUAGAAAUGUCGGUAAUAGAAUCAAAAAAAUCUAGUAUUAGUAUAUCCCUAGACAAUAAGGAAUCGAAAGCGGCCCUUUUGAACAGCUUGGAAAAAAAUCUCUCAUCAAAUUUUAGUGUUUGUCGUAUAUGUCACGCUAACAAUGUGCCUGGUGAAAAUUUAAUAUCCCCCUGUCGUUGCAAGGGAUCUCUGGCAUACGUGCACUUAUCCUGCCUCGAAACGUGGAUAAAUGAAUCGUUUCGCCUAACCUGUGAGUUGUGUGGCUUUAGAUACCGAUCAAUCCAAACCCGUCGAUAUACAAUUUGCGAAAGUCUCAAGGUAUGGCUCCUACAUCCCAGGAAUAAGGUCCACAUGCAAGCCGAUGUGGUGAUUGCUUUCCUGCUCACCCUCGUAACGAUCGGUUUGGCAACGGUCUGCUUUAUCGGAAUGGAGUAUUUUAUAAUUGAAGGAAACCAAGCCGGCGUGUCGAAGAAGUGGAUCAAAGCCAGUAUAUACAUGUUCUUAGCUCUUGUUAUUGCGGGGUACGUGUCCAGUAUUUAUUUACUCUUCAAGAAUCAGUUUGUGCCUUGGUACAACUGGUGGAAGGCCACUGUGGAUGUGAGACUUGCACAGACAUCGUCUAACACAAGACAAAAUAUUGAAUUUGUUACGUGAUUACUAUUAAAACUAACCAAACUGAA